CGCUGCCAGGGAGGAGCAGCUUUCUCAGGCUGAGGCGGAGCAGAAAGCGCUCGAAGUGAAGCUGAAGCACGCGCGUAACCAGGUGGACGUGGAGCUCAGGAGGAGGCACAAGGUGGAGGCCGAGUGCGAGAAGCUGGUUGCGGGGUUAUUUGACCAUACUUCACGAUGGUCCGUGCAGGUUGCUGAAGACAGGGAGCAUAGACGGAGUAAAGUACAGUAUAACAAUUGUGUUUUAUGCACUGCCCUUGGCUGAGAAUGUUGCUCCAGAGCAGCCUUAUAACACCUGCAUCCAAGCACUAUACAGGCUCAACACCUGCUUAGCUUCUGAGAUCUGACGAUUUCGAGUACACUCUGGAUAAUUUGCUUGCAAGCGUAAACAAAAAAACAGCUUCCCAAAUUCCAGUUGCGCCUAAUCAAAUAAAGUUAACACGAUUACACAUUUCACUAAUCUGAUUCUAAUGAUUGUAAUGCAUGAAGACUUGGAUUUUAGAGUUAUUGUGGACUCGAGUAUGGUUAACUGGAUAGAAACUAUGCUUUUCCUUCAGAGAGCUGGAAACAUACAGAAUUGAUAAGUUUUUCUGUGGCAUAGUCUUAACACAAGUUUGCAUGGUUGCCUGUCCGCAGCAGAGUCAAAUGCAGUUGGUGAGGGAGGUGCUGAUGCAGGACUUAAGCGAAAGCCGUCUGUUCUUGAACGAGGAGCAGAGAACCGCACUGGGCUUCCUUAGUGGAUGCGGCCCGACUCCCACCACUCGCAAGUCGCAUGGCAGGAUGUCCGCAAUCAGGGAGUCGGUGCUGUCUACAUCCAUGAUUUCCGAAAUCAGUUAUGAUCACACAGACGAUGACUGGGAUGCUGACACUACACAGAGGGUUGAGCAACGGGCAACGAGAAGAGAAAAGCGGAGGUCUCUCGGGGUUGGGCAUCCAGAAGUGUGGACCAUGCAGCCCAAAAGGUCCUGCGUGCCUGGAGAGAUGCCCACAGCAAAGGCAUUCAGUGACAAGAUAAUUUACCAGGGUGAGGAGACGGAUCUGAACCUGACGGGGCUCAUGCUGGACACUGACAGGAUCCAAGCUGACCCCACGCAGCUCAGCUUGAGCGUGGAGAUGCUGUCCAGGCGCCGGACGAGCCGCGGCAGACGCCUCUCCGCUCUCAUUGAGCAAUCCACCAUGGAGAACUGUGGAGGGGAAACCUUGCAGGGCACUGUGUCCAUGCUGUCCACGGAGUUGGAACGACAGCACUCCUUUGUCCCCAAAACGGUCAUAAAGCCAGAGUCGUGUGUGCCGUGCGGGAAUAGGAUCAAGUUCGGCAAGUUGGCACACAAGUGCCGCGACUGCCGCAUGGUGGCGCAUGCGGAGUGCAGGGAGCACUGCCCACUCCCCUGCGUGCCACGCCCGCUGGCAUCGGCAUCCGCCCACCCCAGAGAGGGGACCGUUGCAGACUUCUCGCCACCAACUGCGCCCAUGAUCCCAUCUUUGGUGUUACACUGCGUCGAUGAGAUAGAGAGGAGAGGAAUGAUGGAGGUGGGCCUGUACCGCAUACCGGGUAGCGACCGUGAUGUGAAGGAGCUAAAGGAGCGCUGGCUGCGAGGGAAGGGCCUCCCCGCGCUGGCGCGUGUGGACAACGUGCAUGUGGUGUGCGGCCUCCUCAAGGACUUCCUCCGCAGCCUCAAGGAGCCGCUGCUCACGCACCGUCUGCACCACACCUUCCUCAAGGCCAUUGAAAUUUCAGACGAGGACAACCGCGCGGCAGCAAUGUACGGAGCCAUCGGGCAACUCCCACAGCCAAACCGUGACACCCUGGCCUACCUGAUGCUGCACCUGCAGAGAGUGGCGGAGAGCACGGAGUGCAAGAUGAAUCAGUCCAACUUGUCCCGGGUGUUUGGACCGACGCUCGUGGGCCAUGCCACUGCCAACCCCGAGCCCGUGGUCAUCCUCAGAGACACGCAGCAGCAGCCCAUGGUGGUGGACCACUUAAUGUCGCUCCCGGCCGAAUUUUGGCAGCGUUGGGUAACAUUCACAACAUUUGUGGACAAAGAAAACAACGACCGCUCAACGGCAGCCGUCAUCUCCAAUGCCUACGCCAGUGUCUGCACGCCCCCGUUGAAAAGCCGCUUCGGAGGCAAUUUGCUUGGCCCCCUGGAAAUACCGGAAACAUCAAAGAUAUCGCCCCAGACCAAUCGCAUGCACCUGAGCAAGAUCCCGAUCAACACGAUGAAUUCUGGAAAGAAUAGGCCGAUGCCUUUGGGGAGGAAGAUCGGAAACUACUGGUCUUCUCCAUCACUCACUUAAACUCUUCAGUCCCUGUGCACAUCCAUUAACGAAUUCCAUGGAUGGACCUUGGCCUGGGACUUUGAGGAUUGAGAAAUUAUGGAUUGAGCUUCUGUUUGUGCUGCCAUCAAAUUAACAGCAAAUAAAUAACAAUACUGAUUAGUGAAUAUGGGAUCCCCAAUGGUGUUUUCCCUUUGCGUCACUCAAAACAUGUGUGCUUAAUGCCACUUGUGGUUCCUCGGCUGUGAUUCAUACAAUACGUGUUUCUGUGCUGCCAUUGUAUAUGAUCAGAUUUUGUGCUACAAUAUGCAGUGUCACGGUCAAGCCGAGAUGUAUGUAGUUCCUGCUCAUUGUGUGCAUCAAACACGGUGUGCACGGUGUAGCAAGUGCACACGUUGAUUUGCUGGCAAUUUUCACGUGUUGGUGUGUGCAGUGUACAGUUUGUAUUGGACUUGUGUGUUGAAGUGAUGUAGCAAGAGAGGGCACACUUUAAAAGAUUAACUUUUUCAUAUCACGUUUUUCUUUCACAUAUAACAACUUGGAACAGUUUGUAGGUCAAUGUAUAUAUUGUAUUAAUAAUUAAGUGUGGCUGUGUUUCAACCAGCUCAAUUUUAUAGCACGUCGCAAAGUAUUGCCCCAAUCACGUACUCAGGUGUUUGGUAUCUUUCAUCUGUUAUUAAAGCACUCCGUACCCAGCGCAGGCAGAGGUGCCUCAGUUCGUGUUUUAAAAUUAAUGCACACAGAGCAGCACAUUGGAGUUAGUCUGUGACCCUGAAUUCCUAGACAUGUUGCCUGUGAAUGUUUUUUCUGUGUUCUAUUUGACCGUAGUCUGUAUUGUUUACACAAAUACUAAUACUUAACUAUACUUGAAAAUGGGGGGGGGGGGG